GUAGACUUCAACGAAGUCUGGGAAAUCCUAUCGCAAUCACUCAACGAGAUCCACAACAAGAACGCGUCGACCCUGUCGUUCGAAGCUCUGUACCGGAAUGCGUACAAGCUGGUGUUGAAGAAGCACGGCGAGCGGCUUUACCGACAGGUCAAGGAGCUGGUUACCGAGCACCUCCAGCAUGUAGCCGUGCAUGCGACAAUUGAGAAGCGCAGCGGUGGAACGACGUUUCUGGAACAGCUGCAGGCCGUCUGGAACGAUCAUCAGCUCUGCAUGAGCAUGAUCACGGAUGUGCUGAUGUACAUGAACCGCAUAUUCUGCGCCGACCACAAGCUGCCGACCACAUACGCUACCGGAAUGGGACUCUUCAGGGAGCACAUCCUCCGCAACCCCGAGUACUGCAUCGGCACGGCCCUGAACAAGGUCAUACUCAACCAGAUCAAACUGGAGAGGCAAGGCGAUGUGAUCAG